UGAUGCUGAUCCAACCGAUACAACAUGAAUAGGGUGCAGGGUACACUAUACAACAGACAAUAACCGCAGGACCAACUGCAACCGUGCGAUUUCAAUCCAUGACAUCAAACUCAUCUUCAUCAUUCAUAUUGAACAGUAAUGACGUUACGAAAUUAAUUCAACGUCUUCGUUCCCAAUCUCAUCGAAUCUCGAAACCCUAAUCAGCUCCUUCACUUGCCUUCUUCAUCCACUUUCUCUUCAUCUCCAUCUCCAUCUCAUUCCACUUCUGCCUCAACCGAAAGACACUGUUUGGCCAGAGCCACCUAAUGAUAGAAUUUCCAACUUCUGCAUAAGUUUGAUUCUCUUAAAUAGAAUGGAUCCAGCGCCCGGUGAUGCGUCAAAUCCACCUCCUCUGAAAAUACCAUCUACGGCACCUCUUGCUAAAGAGGAUGAUGGCCAAGAUUCUGCUGCUGUAGCCUCUGGACAAGAUAAUACUGCCCGUGAAGCACCAUCUAGGCUAUCUCCUACCGGCAUAUCUUCGUGGGCCAAAAAUUUAAAUAUUUCUAAGUCAUUUUCUGGUAACCAAGAUGACUCUUCAAGUGAAAAUGUUGCAAAAUCAACGUUUGCACGGUUUACAAGUAAUCUGGGAUUGCGGUUGUCUCCAAAAUCUCCUGUGGUAGAUGACAAUUCCAAUGAACCGGCAGCACAAUCUAAUUUGUUUGGAAGUAUCACAAAAGGUCUUGUAGACUCUUCGAAGAAUGCGGUGAAAGCUGUGCAGGUCAAAGCGCGGCACGUUGUUUCUCAAAACAAACGCAGAUACCAGGAGGGAGGUUUUGAUUUAGAUAUGACAUAUAUCACAGAAAACAUUAUUGCAAUGGGGUUCCCUGCUGGUGACAUGAGCUCUGGGUUUUUUGGUUAUGUUGAAGGAUUUUACAGAAAUCACAUGGAAGAAGUGAUCAAGUUUUUUGAGACUCACCACAAGGAUAAAUACAAAGUAUAUAAUCUUUGUUUGGAGCGCCUGUAUGAUGCAUCAUUGUUCGAGGGGAAGGUUGCUAGCUUCCCAUUUGAUGACCAUAAUUGCCCACCGCUUCAAUUGGUUAUAUCAUUUUGUCAAAGUGCUUACUCAUGGUUGAAACAAGACAUUGAGAAUGUGGUAGUUGUCCACUGUAAGGCUGGGAUGGCCAGGACAGGGUUGAUGAUUUCUAGUCUCCUACUAUUCUUAAAGUUCUUCCCGACCGCUGAGGAGUCCAUGGAUUACUAUAAUCAGAAAAGAUGUGUUGAUGGAAAAGGACUUGUUCUGCCUAGUCAGAUUAGGUAUGUCAAGUAUUUUGAACGGGUCUUGACUUACUUUAAUGGCGAAUGCCCACCUCCCCGCAGGUGCAUGCUUAGGGGAUUCCGGCUUCACAGAUGUCCUUAUUGGAUCAGGCCAUCUAUAACCAUCUCAGAUCAUAGUGGUGUGUUGUUCUCAACCAAAAAGCAUCCAAGAACCAAGGAUCUUUUGCCAGAAGAUUUUUGGUUUACUGCACCAAAAAAGGGAGUGAUGGUCUUUGCUUUGCCUGGAGAGCCUGGUCUCACAGAGUUGGCUGGGGACUUCAAAAUCCAUUUUCAUGAUCGCCAAGGAGAUUUUUACUGUUGGUUGAACACAACCAUGACAGAAAACAGAAAAGUUUUGAACACCGGUGAUCUUGAUGGCUUUGACAAGAGAAAAUUGCCUUCUCCAGGAUUCCAGGUUGAGGUUGUGCUGGUGGAUCAUAAUGGUAAUGUUGUAGCUUCCAAACCUGAAAUUACAAAGAAAUCUGAUGAGAGUUCAAGUACCAAUCCCGCCCCAGUUGAGGCGAGCAACCCCACACCAAAUGCAAACAAAGAAUCAUCAGGGGAUGGAGAUCAGGACAAGGACGACGUAUUUUCAGAUGGUGAGGCAGAGCAUCCUGCUUCUUCAAGAAGCAAGCAAACAAAGGCACCUUCUGAAUCAGUUGAAACAGUUGCAAGUGCCACCAAAGAAUCUGAGGCAAACAAAAUUUCAAAUCAAAUCACAAAUAUAACACAUGCAACAGAACAAGUUUCUUUGGGUAGUAAGAUCUCUACACCAAGUCAAAGUACUGGUGAGCCAAAAAGUGAUGUUGGUGGAAGAACAGUGUCCAGUCUCGACGGACCUAGCUCAGAAAGUGAGUUUAAGGCCAUGGCUGCAGAUGCUUCUGUUUUUACGUUCGGAGAUGAUGAAGACUAUGAAAGUGAUUGAGGUUCAACAGGAUUACAUCAUGCUUAUCUUUAUACCUUGAUAUUUGUACAUAAUAUUUGCUUGCAACUUCGUAUUCAACAAUAUCAUGUUCAUCCAUUUGUUCGUUUGUUGUAAUGAUAUUUCUGGCGACAAUCACUGGCAAUGCACUAAUGGAAAAUAAUAAUUUGCUCA